AUGAGUUCCCCAAGGAUAAUGGACCCUAAGAUGAGAGAGACUGAAGGAGAUGGAGAGGACAAUUCAGGAAAGAAGAAAUCAAAGUUCAAGUCUUUCAAAAAGUUUUUUGGUAAGAAGAAAAGGAAAGAGUCAUCUUCUGGGAGCAGCACUCUGAAGCUGUUCCAGUCAACAAGUGAUGUCGCAGCCUCUCAUAACAUGCACGUUAAUUAUGAUUCUGAAGAUGAACUUGAGACACAUAAAGGCAUUAUGGGAAGCAGAGCUUUGUCACAUGAUAGCAUUUUCAUCCCUGAGACUGGGCAAGAGCCUGCAAGGCCAGUAAGAGUGUUCUCUCAAGAAAACAUUUCUGAUCGGAUUAGAGCUUUACAGCUGAAACUCCAGCCUACCAUGAAAUUGGGACCUCCACCUCCAUUUGGACCUAAUGCCAAGCGAACAGAGGAUGCUGGGACCAGUUCUGAAGAUGAUGGAUUACCCAGGAGCCCUCCAGAAAUGUCUUUGCUCCAUGAAAACCUAAAUUCAGGCAUUAGAACAAGAUUCUCUGACUUUCACAGGCACCUUAGCUCUUUGAGUUUAGCUGGAACAGGCAGUGAAGAAGAAGAACAGGUUACCCUGAGUCCUUCUUCUAGAUCUCAUUCUACAGAUGGUCAGCUGUUCCCUAGGCAUGGCAGUGCCAAAACUGGAGCUCCCCAGAUAUCUGACAGUAUCACCUCGCCUACAGCCAAUUUUGACACUCCGCCUGAGCUUUCCUCUUGCUUGGAUAAUUCUGCUGCUAAACAUAAGCUCUUAAUAAAACCCCGGAACCAGAGGUCCAGUAAAAUGAGACGAUUUUCUCAGAGGGCUCAGUCUGAAUCUCUGACUGAUUUGAGCUGUACCCCAGAAGAAGAAGAAGAGGAUGAUGAACAGACAGACUUGUCAGAUGCUGUAUUCAAACCAAGCAAUCAAGAACUGCCAUGUGGCACAGCAGCAGCACAGGAUGUGGCUUCCUGGCCGAAGCCCAGAAUGCCUGAGGACCUUCUCCCUGCUUUGAGACCAGUGAUGACUCAGCCUGCUUCUGGGUCUGCUGUUGCACAGGAAGCCCUGCUACCAGAGAAUAAACCGGAGGGCUGCCAACCAACACUGGAAACAACGUGUGUGAAGUCUGAGUCCUUACUGCUGUUAGAGCACAAAGACUCUGCAACUUCUUCCUACUCCAGUCCAGACAGAGACAUACAAAAGCAAGAAGAUUCCUCAGAAACACCGGUUCUGUUGUCUGGGGAUGUGAACAGUGUGUCAAUCGAUAUUUUAAAUCAAGAAAAUAACGAGCUUCCUACCAUGUUUUCAGUAAAUAAAAUGUCAUCCAAAGAAGAUAUUUCAGUUAGUAAGAAUAGUAUUGUUUGCUUGGAAGGGUCAGAAGAAAAUAUACAGAAGGAUGAUCACAUAGCUGAGGAAAUGUCCUGUAAUAAAGAGGUAAAGAAAGAGUUUGCUCUAUUAUCAGAGUCCAGCAAGAAGUUUUCCACAGGUUCUUUCCAGCCCACAGGCUCAUUCCAUGUUUCACAUCCUGUUUCCUCAACAAGGAUGGGAUCAUCUGCUUCCUGCCCUCUAGAGAAAACAAAGACUGCACAAGAGGUAGCUGCUUCUGGUAAGGAGAACAGUCAGUCACUGGUCCACAAGGAGGAACUUCUAGGCAAGAAAGCUGAAAAAGCAGCCAAUGAACUCAAUGCCUUGAGAAAGUUUUCUGUUUCCUCUGCACAGGAGAAACCAAGGACCAGAAGCCUUCACUUCCCAGAAAGAUCAGAGUUGGAGAGCCCAUUAAAUACUGGAUUCUUCCUGUCCAAAGUGAAGGUCUCAAGAAAUGAGAAGAAGAAAGAAGACUUGCAGAAGGAAUCAGAUCUAGAGGGUGAAAAAAGAAGCAACAAAAAGCAGCCUUUGCUGCCAGAGUCCGACUCUGAGAACUCAGGCCAACCUGCAGAAAUCUUGGCUGGCUGUGUUUCUCCAGCUGUCGAUACAGUGCUGGUGCCAAGCGAUUCAAUGGCGGUAUCUCAGAAUCAGCCAAGCUCUGAAGAUAAAAAUCCUUUUCAAGUGAAACUUAGAUCCACGUCACUGUCCUUGAAAUACCAAGACAACUCAUCACCAGAAUCAAAGGGGAUUAAAAGACACAGUGCAGAGUUUAAUUUAGAAAAUGAAGGAUUGACUUCUUUUCUAAAAGGUGAUAAGGCACAGAUCAGAAAAACAGCUGAUGCAAAUAUUAGCGAUUCUUUAAACGAAAAGACCAAACCCAAAGCAAAGUCUUCUGAACAGCUUAGUAACAAACCUCCAUUGCCUAAAAAGCCAGCCUCGCAAAACGUAAGCGUUCCAAAUACUACUGCAAACAAGGAGAAGCAGGACAAAGCUAUUCACUCUCCUGAAUCCAGAAAUGAAGAUAGGGACUUGGAGAAAAAGUCAAAUCCUUGUAAAGUGUCUGAGAGAAGCAUGCCUUCCCCUAUGGCUGCUGGAGACUCUGGAAGAGAUCCCAACACUCCCACAGAGCCAGCCUGGAUUUCCAUAGCAAGGCAAAAGCAAAGGGGCAUGCAGCAGGAGCAGGAACCCGACAGAGAAAAACUGGUGGCUCUGGAUAUGAAGUCAGAUAUAGAGAGACAGAAUAAAGAGAAGGAACGAACAGAGGGCUCAGUGAAGCAGCAAUGGAGCAAACUUUCACACCUGGCACCUAAAACCACUUCUGAAGAGCAGAGGAAAGAGACAAAGUCUGAAGUGAAGGAGUCCCUGCUGAAAACCAGUUCACAGUCACAUUAUGUCCCUGUAACCCCAUCACCAGCACUGGUGGAUAAAGAGGAAAUAAGCCCCUUGAGGAAAGCCAAUAAUGCUGCUCCAGAUCAGCCACUGUGGAUGGAACUGGCCAAAAAGAAAUCGCAAGCUUGGAGUGAUAUGCCACAGAUUAUAAAGUAGAAUGAUGCAAACAAAUAGCAUCUUUCAUAAAGAAGUCAACUACUUAACUGAACUUCUACAGACCAGCUAAUCACAGUGGAGAGUCUCUUGAUACAUGAGAAGGGUUUUAUUGUACAGCUGUGGAGAAAGUGUGCAAUAGGUGCAGUCAAAAAGUUUACUGUCAACUUUGUAGCAAUCAGGAUUGCAAUGGCAAUGGAUUACUUAAAUUAUGCUAGGGAUGUACUUACACUCUGGAAAAUAAAA